UGUUAUCUAAUGAUUAUGCGUACACUCUCGAUCGAUCGCAGACUCUAGGGUACGACCUGUUGCCAAUAAUUGCAUUCUAUGGUCGCGGUCGACUCAGCCAGCGUCGUAGGCAAAACGAAUCAUCUCGCGAAAGGGAGAGUUUGCGGUAGCGUGGGAAUACCUGGUCAGCAUCGCUUUGCUACUCCGUUGUUACCGGUACGGGAGAUGCUGAUCAUGGAUAAGCUGUCAACAAGCGACUCGAAUAAUUUCCGAAUGUUAUGAAAUCUGUUAACAAGGGAUAAUCGCGGUUCGUGAAGCGUGCUCUGUUCAUUCAUAAAUAGAUCGGUAUUUUCCCUCACGGAAAAGUUCACGAGGUUUUUCUUAUAUAAAGAACACCGUCGGGGUUCAAGGGCUUAGUUGUUUUGAUCGGUUCGUCAGUUGUAGACCUCGAUAUGCGUAAGAUUCGGUAUAAUUUACUCGAGGACGGGACGUCGGUGCAGGACGUGAUCGAUUCCGUAGUUGCGCGUGGUCCGUUGGACGAUCCUAUACAUAUACUCGAUCUAGAUGACGUCGUCAGGAAACAUCGCAAUUGGCGCCAGCAGUUGCCACGUGUGGACCCAUUCUAUGCUGUAAAGUGCAAUGAUGAUCCAGCUAUACUGCGGACAUUGGUAGCUUUGGGUGCAGGGUUCGAUUGUGCAUCCAAGGGGGAGAUCGAGAGAAUGCUGAAGCUAGGUGCUGAUCCUAGCAGGAUUAUUUUUGCUCAUACAGCAAAAUCAAUGGAUUCGAUUGCAUAUGCCAAACGCUGUGGUGUUGAUUUGAUGACGUUCGAUGGGGAGGUCGAGUUGGAGAAGAUCAAACAAAUGCAUGCUGAUUCCUCGUUGGUUUUGCGAAUCCGAUAUGACUCUCCAGAUGCACAAAUCUCUCUGGGGAAAAAGUUCGGUUGUGACCCGGAGCAUGAAGCGCCUCAAUUGCUAGGAUACGCAAAAUCGCUCGGUUUGUCUGUGGUUGGCAUUAGCUUUCAUAUUGGUUCCGGAAACAAUGACAGUGGUUGUUUCUAUGGUGCGAUUAAAUGCGUGAGGAAAUUGUUUGAAUACGCUAGCGAUAUUGGCUACGAUCUGCGUUUGCUGGAUAUUGGCGGAGGUUUUCCCGGCGAACAUGAUAAACCUAUUGAUGCGUAUGCAAAAACAAUAAACCUUGCACUUCAGCGCUUUUUCCCGAUGAAGUCAAAUGUUCGGGUGAUUGCAGAGCCUGGCCGAUAUUACGUAUCGUCUGCUGUGACCUUAAUUGCUAAUGUUCAGUCGAAGAGAAUCAUCCGAAAUUCGCAGGGAUCUAUAACGGACUUUAUGUACUACUUGAACGAUGGACUGUUUGGUUCGUUCGAUUGGUACUUUCCACGGCAAAAUCCUCCCGUUAUAAUUCCUGGAAAUAGACAACUUGUUAGGUCACAAACUGAACGCUUUCCUUCAACGCUUUGGGGACCAACAUGUGAUUCGACGGACAUUAUCUGUUCAGGUAUGAUGCUAGAAGAACUACAGAUAGGAGACUUCCUGGUUUUCGAUGACAUGGGAGCUUACGGUAUGACGUUAGCGACCAACUUCAAUGGCUUCGCAAAGCCUCGAGUUUUUGUUUAUAUCAGCAGGACUGCCUGGGAACAGCUGAAGCUGGAUAAGUGUGUUCGUACAGGCUUAAAACCGUUGAAACGAUGUGUACAGUAGCAUCACCGAAUGUCUACCUGUGUUGGAUAAUGACUAUUUGCGCCCGGUAACUGGAGCGAACGAUUGUUAUCGUGUGAAGCCUUUGUUAGCGCGUCAGUUAGUUACCUAUAAAUAUGGAAUUUUAGUCAAAUCUAGAUUUAUCUAAUAUCAAAGCAACCAUGUGAUAAUUGGCUCAAGUGCUUCAUGUUACGUAAACAAAAGUUGCAAACUUUUAGUGUAAUAACAACAAUGUUACUAACCAGAAUGUUUUCGAAAACUAAGAUUAAUCGAAUGCAUUGUAUAUUUGAUAUUUUAUGAGCCUUUAUUUGUUUCUCCAAUGGUUUUCGAUAAUGAUAAUUAGUAUAUUUAUAAGCCAAUUGCAGCAUCAUUAAUAUUUUAACAAAUGAGAAAAGAUAUGUGAAUACAGUAUUCAAUCUCACUAGUGAUAGAAAAGUUUUAACAGUAUUAUGUAACAUCGUUUCACGUUGAAAAUGUCAACGGAUUCGUUCAACAAGUUCGAAAUAAGUUAAGUGUGACAGUUGUUUAGGUUAAUAGCUAGAAUUAUUCAAUAUUGAAGCUGUACUCUCAACCCGAAUCAACCCAAUGUUGUCAUAUGGCAUCAUUUGACAUAAUAAACAAAAGCAACAAAAGGUAUAACCAGUAAUUUGGUAUUAUUGGUAUUGGUAUAUGGUAUUUGGUAACAGUCCUACUACACACUUGUUUUAUCUUGGCAAACUUCCAAACAGCUGACUGAAUUCGGCGAUUUUUUUUGCGGAUGUCAGCAAUAUAUUUCGGCGAACAUUCGGCAAAUAUAUCGAUCUAUCGUAAACCAGCAAGCAUUACUUUUUCAUUUGCCGAUAUUGUAGAGAAUUUAUAGAAUAUUUCGCUGAGUUUAUCAGCUGUUGAGUUCUCAGCGAUAACAUCUAAGUGUGUACUGGGGUUUGUAUACGAGUGCUAUGUGCAUGAUCCUAAUGAUUUUAACGGGGAAACCGGCUUUCAUGUUUAUAUAUUAAGCGGAUUUCGGUUGAACUAAUCCUUAACAAACUGUUGAACAACAAAAUUGUGUGUUGUAUAUA